AUGCCGGAAUUAAUUGAUGUCGAAAAAGCCAUUAAACGCCAUAAACUUACUCAACUCAAACUUUCAGACCCUGAAAAGGAAAAUAAGGUCAGAGACAUUCUUUCAUGUCUAGAUUUGACUCCAGACCAGAUAUUUGCCGUGGCCAAAAUAUUCAGUGAUUUUCUCGUCAAAGGUCUACGAUACGAUGGAACAUCGCCUUUCAACAUGCAGAAUACAUUCGUCUUCCAGGGCCUCAAAGGCAAUGAAAGUGGCACCUAUUUCGCACUGGAUCUUGGUGGUACGAAUUUCAGAGUUUUGCUCGUUGAACUGAAGAACGGUCAGAUCGUUAGGGAAGAAGUUAGCAAUUAUGAUGUUCCCGACCAUAUUAGAGUUGGUCCAGGAGUUGAUCUUUUUGAAUUUCUUGCAAAAAAUUUAGCAGAGUUUGCUAAGAAACAUGGAGUCGAUAAAGAAAAAAUUCCGCUAGGUUUCACAUUUUCCUUUCCGACUGUUCAAAGCGCUCUCGAUUCAUCUUGCCUUCAAACAUGGAUCGGACUUUACAAUGCUUCUGGUGUAGUCGGCCAGGAUGUGGUAAAGAUGUUGAAUGAAGCAAUCAGAAAAGUAUCAGAUCUUGAUGUCCCUGUUGUUGCUGUCCUGAAUGAUACAGCUGGUGUUCUUAUUAGAGGAAGUUUAAUUGAUAGUGAUACUGCGAUUUCAUUAAUAUUGGGCACUGGGAGUAACGCUUGCUAUUUUGAAAAAACUGAGUGUAUACCUAAUUGGAAAGGAGAAGAAAAGGAGGUAAUUUUAAAUAUUGAGUGGGGACCAUUCAGUGACAAUGGACGUGCUGAUAUUGUUAAAACUAAGUAUGACCACUUGGUCGAUAAAGAAUCUCUCCAUCCAAACGUUUUUUCGUUUGAAAAGUUAGUUGGCGGCGAGUUUUUUGGAAAGCUCGUAAGGGCUGUCCUAUUGGAUCUUGCCAACCAAGGACUGGUUUUUGAUGGCCGAAUCAGUGAAAAUUUAGAAAAUAGUGAGGGUUUUCAAUCUUCCUAUAUAUCAGAAAUAGAAGAAGACAAUCUUCAGAAUUGUACUAAAAAUACUAAGCGAAUAUUGGUUAAUGAAUUAGGAAUAGAUUGGUGUUCAGAAGAUGAUAUAAUGGUACUAAAAUAUAUUUGCGAAUUAGUAUCUAUCCGAAUGAGCCUGCUAAUAUCUAUGGGUCUUUCCGAAGUAAUCAAAAGAAUGGACAGAAAGCGAAUAACUAUCGCUGUUGAUGGAUCUGUCUACAAGUACCAUCCUCGUAUACACAAUUACCUGAUGGACUUCAUAUCAACGUUAAUCGAUCAUAAGACUGAAAUUAAAAUAAUACUAGCUGAAGAUGGAAGUGGUUUAGGAGCUGCUUGUAUUGCUGCAAUUGCUUGCAAACAAAAUAAGAAAAGCUGAUAAUCUUAUUUAAUUUUUUUUUUUUUUAUUAUAUAUGAAAAGGAAUUUUUAAAAAUAGUUUUUAAGUAUUGCCAAUAUAUUGCAACAUGUAAAAGACAAAUAUAUUUAUAUUUUAAAUUAUUUGUUAUCUAAAUUAUUAAAUCCUGGAGAGGCAUAUCUUAUUUUAAGAAAUGAAAAAAAAAAAAAUUAUAUUAUCUCAACAAUGAACAAUAAAAUAGAUUUUAAUUAUUGCGAUUAUAUAGUAACAUGUUAAAGACAAAUAUAUUUUUAUUUUAAAUGA